GGGAAUUACGAUUGUUUCGCAUAUAGUUCUGAUUCAGUUGGUCGUUUCUUGACAGGAGAAUUGGAUUGCACGAUUUCUUGGCGAAGCCCGGAGGAGGAUGAUCGCUCGUCGGCCGUCUUGGCGAAGCCCUCCGUUGCUCCGUCACCCAGCUUCGCGCCAGAAGACGCCCUUUACCCCCUCCUUCCUCGCCGACAAGAAAUCGAUCGCGGUGGCGAUCGUCGGAGGGAUCAGGGAAGUGGAAGGGAUUGCUAACAGCGCCAAGAUCGAGCAGCUCGCCCGCUUUGCCGUCGACGAACGUAACAAGAAAGAGACUGCUCUCUUGGAGUUCUUGGUGCGCGUGGUCAAGGCGAAGGAGCGGGUGGUUGCAGGGGCCCUGCACCAGUUGACCGUCGAGGCCGUCGAUGCAGGGAAGAAGAAGGUCGACGAGGCCAAGGUGUGGGUCAAGCCAUGGCUCAACUUCAAGGAGCUGCAGGAGUUCAGGCACGCUGCGGACUCGGGCCUAAGGAUCAUGGUCUUGGGCAAGGUAAGACGAUGUUGUGAGACCACAUGUUGCUUACGAGUUGGUAUUUAUCAUAUGUCUAGCAAGUAUUAUGAUGUUUGCAAGACCACAAGCAGGCAUUUUUUUAUGUAUAGGAGAUAAUUUUCGUUGUUGCAAGACCACUGUUCGUUUGCAAUAAGACAUUUUAUUCUGUGAAUUAGGUUCUUUGAUGUUGUGAGA